UAUCUUUUUAGUGAGGACUUAAAAACGACGACGCAGAAAUGCUGACAGUUUUAGUAGUGUUAUCUUAUCUACCUCUUGUAAUAAUUUUAAUGGGCAAAUUGAUGCCUCUGCAAAUUGUCUCAACCAAAUUUUUAAAAUUUCUGACACGAAGUCUCUUGCUGUUCCUGCUUUGCCUUAUUCUACAUCCAUUCACUCCAUCUUCGUAUGAUGAGUUAGUUACACUCAAUGUCUCUCUAGGCUACGUCGAGAGUGAGAAUUUUGAUAUAAUAAAAAGCAGAAGCAUUUCGUCCAAAUUUGCUUCUAUCAUUACUAUGUCAUCAACGGGUAAGAAAUUAUGGUAUGAGAGAAAUGCGUCAACGACUGCAACUUGAACGCACAGUGCAGCGCGGCGCUGGCGACCAGCGACAGACACCUCUACUACCGCUGCCUGCACUUCGAACAUCCACCACGCCAACUCAAUGUACUUCCCAUCUACCAUGAGCAGUCGGUCAUGUACUUCAAGAAAUCUAAAGCCGGUGCAGGCAUUUCAGCAGAUGGACUUUAUUAUUUCCUAAGUCCCAAGACGAUGCAUUACAGCGAGGCGGUCCAAUUCUGCCAGAGUCACCUGGACUUGUACCAGCUCGCGCAGCAGCGCAUUGACGUUAACCUCUGGCCUGUCAUCGGCCAGUACAUGAAGCGACUUAUCGAAGACAAAAAUGAUUUAGGUACAGGAAUUUUUUUCGACUUCUUCGACGUCGAAUACAGAGGCCAGAGAGUCCGUAAAAUCUACGGGAGGUUCGCGAAGAUGUUCACAAAUCCAUGCUCUGGCCGACAGCUCGCUCGAUUUGGUCUUCUGUACAAAGCCUUCAACCGCGUGUUACCUAUCGACGAUUCUUCAGUAAAAGCUUACGCCUUGUGUCAAGGAGAUAUUCUUAACUUGGGUGGAAACAAGUACGAGAUCGAGGCUACUCCAAAGGAUCGAGGAUUGACCAGAAUUUGGAGCGAGGAAAAUGGAUGCGUAGAGAUGUUGGACCCAAGAGAUGUGAUGGACACUGAAGUAGAAGAUGACUACAUUGGAGAAGAAGAUGCUGGAGAACUGGAACUGUUUGAUGAAGAAUUCCAGCCUCAAUAUGAUAAAUGAAUAGUGUUGAACGACUCCUAUCUUUGGUAGAAGUUGUUUUCCAAUUACAAUUGAUUAUUCAAGAGCCGACAAAACAAAGCGAUUAAAAUGAAUUUAUCGUACUUUUAA